GUUGAUGUGCCUGCUUGCAUUUUCCACAGCAGUACCAUUAAGAUUUUAAAGUUGGCUCAGGUUAAGCUGACUGCUCGAUCUGUUAAUUUGCCUUCACUCAAAGUAUUGCAUCUGGUGAAAGUUCUAUUUUCAAAUGCUGAAUCUGCGGCUAAUAUCCUUAAUGGAUGUGCUCUUCUUGAGGACCUGGUAUUAAAAUCAUGGUCUGCUCCUUUUAAAGGUUUCAACUACCCCAGGAUUGGAAGGUUUGAACAUUUGGUGUCGGCAGAAGUUGAACUAUCUUCGAUUCCGUUGGCAGCUUUUAGUGAUGUUAGGCUUCUUCGGAUUAAGUUCUACCAAGGAAGAUGUAGAUUCGAAACACCAAAUGCUCAGAAGAUUAUCAUCAUGUCCUAGAGGUUCAUUGAAUUGCAGGCUGCUAUUCCAUUAAAUUUCUGAAAUGUAAAAUGAUUUUGUUGCUUGUGUCGUGUUUCUUGAUUUUAUUUUGGCUUAUUUCCCUUUUGACUAUAUAUCUUGGACAACAUUUUACGCUGGACACUUCAUGGAGCUUGUUUUAGUGUGUUUAUGCUAUAUGUGAGAAGAUAAUCUUUAUAUAUGGGCUGUGCAGC